AUGUAUCCGGUGAUCGAAGACGAGUAUUACGCAGUCGGUGGCAACAGGCACAGUGCAGCGGCCGACUGGUCGGUGGCCUCUGGGCUUCUAGCUUUUGGCGCAGACCAGAAUGUGGCCAUCUGGUCACCAUUAGAUGAUUCUGGCCGAGGGAUAUCAACCGUACUUCCUGGCCACACCUCUAGAACUACUGCCGUCAAAUUUGCGUCUCACACGGGGCACUCGGCCGAUGAAGUGCUCAUAACAGGAGCUGCAAACGGAGAAGUACUGCUUUGGAAAAAUGACCAAUCCUGGACAUGCCAUGACAAGGCUGCGGCACACGACGGCACGGUCAACAUAAUCGCUGUUCUAAAUCACAGCAAUGUCUUCGCGACAGGAGGAGCAGAUGCUAAAGUCAAGCUAUGGAAGGCUGAGAACGGCAAAAUCGACGUAUUAUCCACGCUCGAGUUGAAACCCAAAUUCAUGCCACUCGCUCUCGCGCUUGGACUCUUUUCAGAGACUCCCAACCACGAUUCGGCUUUUUUGGUGGUUGGAGGAACACGUAAUGACAUCCAAACCUACUCAAUUGAAGGGUUACGAUCAUCACCACAGUUCAAGCUGUGUGCUACUUUGACCGGACACGAAGCGUGGAUUAGGUCGCUCGCCCUUACAACACUGCCAGAAGGCGAGAUUUUGUUGGCUUCUGCCAGUCAAGACAAAUAUGUCCGGCUUUGGCGCUUCCAACCUGGAAAUACUGCUGCAGGAAACAGGCCAAACAACCCAAGCAGCAUUUCCACCGGUACCAAUACCUUGACUGCAAAGGUCCAAAGCGUAUCUGCUGCGGGAAGCAGAUACUCAAUUACCUUCGAGGCUCUCCUGCUAGGACAUGAAGAUUGGGUCUAUUCAGCAACAUGGAAUCCCAAGGCUGCCACGCUACAACUCCUCACGGCUUCAGCAGACGGCUCACUCUCCAUCUGGGAGUCCGAUCCUGCCUCAGGCAUCUGGAUCAGUGUAUCUCGUCUUGGUGAAAUCAGUGGUCAGAAAGGAGCCACCACCGCCACAGGCUCUUCCGGAGGCUUUUGGAUGGGACUAUGGUCUCCUGAGGGUGAUAUGGUCACCUGUCUGGGUCGAACUGGAAGUUGGCGACUAUGGCAGUAUAGCGCAGAUUCACAAUUCUGGACCCAGAAGUACGCUGUCAGCGGGCACAUUAGCUCCGUGAAUGGGAUAUGCUGGUCACCAGACGGGAGUUAUUUGCUUUCCACGAGCUCCGACCAAACAACGAGGCUCCAUGCGGAGUGGAAGAGAGGACAGAAGCGAAGCUGGCACGAAUUUUCCCGACCACAGAUCCACGGCUACGAUCUAAAUUGCAUAGCAAGCACCACGCCACAUCAAUUCUCCUCGGGAGCAGACGAGAAACUGUUGCGGGUCUUCAAGAAGCCAAAAGAUGUCGCUUCGAUGCUAUGCAGGCUGUGCCAUAUUCCGUUGCCCAGAGAAGACGAAUCAUUGCCAGAGACCGCGGCUAUCCCGGUUCUUGGGCUGUCGAACAAGGCUAUAGACGACAGCGACGAGCUCACGGAUGGUGCGAUGGUGGCAGCACAUGAACCCGGGGCUGUUGGAAAUAGUACUUUACUAGUUGAUGUCCAAGAACCGCCAACCGAGGACUUGCUGUCUCGACAUACCCUAUGGCCGGAAUACGAGAAGCUGUACGGUCAUGGGUAUGAAAUUUCGGAAGCUGCCACACCCAUGGAUGGUAGUGUGCUUGCUACUGCUUGCAAGGCGAGUUCAAUCGAUCAUGCUGUCAUUCGCCUCUACGACACAGACAACUGGAACGAAAUCAAGCCUCCACUAGCAGCUCACUCGCUCACUGUCACGAGACUUGCAUUCUCGGAGGAGCCUGCUGGCUACCUGCUCAGCGUUGGUCGCGAUCGACAAUUUGCGGUCUUUCAGCGGUCUGAUAAUGAUGCGAAGGCCUGGAGGCGUACUGUCGUGAAUACCAAAGCUCAUUCUCGCAUGAUACUAGAUGACACAUGGCUCAGAAAUCGUCAGCAUCCAACAUUUGCCACCGCUGGAAGGGAUAAAGUUGUCAGAAUAUGGAGUGGUGAUGCACACAGUGACCAGAUUGAUUUCGCUUGCAAAGCAUCGAUCAGCCGAAAAUCUGCAGUCACCGCCAUUUCUGCCGUUUCUGAUGGCGUGCUAUCAGUGCUUGCCUUAGGUGAAGAAGACGGAAGCAUAUCACUUCAUCUCGUCAGGUGCAAUACUUCUGUCGAGGUCGUUAAAAGCAUCGAGGUCGAGAAACAUCUCUGUCCUUCAAAGACGGUCAAUCGACUGGCCUGGAGACCCAACAAGGCUGAUUCCAGUGGCAGUCAACAUGGUCAGCUCGCCAUCGCAUCAGCCGACAACACUGUGCGGAUCUGGGCGGUUGACUGGCGAAGCCGGAAGGAUGAAUAAAAGUAUUCUAUUCGAUCAGCA